AUGAAGUUCGGUCAACACUUGCGAACAGGCCUCAUCAAAGAGUAUAACGAUUACUACAUCGACUACGACGGUCUGAAGUCCGAGCUUAAACAUCGUCUAUACCCCGCGAAUUCCCGUUACAAAGCCCCAAACGCCAAAGAAUGGACUGAAGAUGACGAAGCCGGGUUUGUCGCUGUCCUCGAGGCAGAAUUGGACAAGGUCUACACGUUCCAGAAAGUCAAGGCCGGAGAAAUCGUUCGUCGGAUCAAGGGUGCCGAACAGGAGGUUGAAGCCGUGAUUAAGCUGUUGGAACGUAAUACGAGACGGAGAGCUAGUGUCGCCGCUGGGGUCCCCGAUACAGAGACAGAAUCGGAACCUAACGAUGAAGAAUUUGAGAUGCUGGAGGCCGAUCUGAGCGAUGUCAUUUCGGAUGUUCACGAUCUUGCGAAGUACGUCCAGUUGAAUUACACUGGGUUCCAAAAGAUUGUCAAAAAGCACGAUAAACAAACUGGCUGGAUUCUUCGUCCCGUAUUUGCCGCCCGUCUAAACGCCAAACCGUUCUUCAAGGACAACUAUGAUGCUUUCAUUGUUAACCUCUCUCGUCUGUACGACCUCGUCCGUACGCGCGGCAACCCAGCGAAGGGCGACAGCGCCGCCGGUGGCUCGCAACAAAACUUUGUGCGACAAACUACCAAAUACUGGGUCCACCCCGAUAAUAUUACUGAGCUGAAGCUCAUCAUUUUGAAGCAUUUGCCAGUGUUGGUAUUUAACCCAAACAAGGAGUUUGCACCGGAAGAUUCCGCAAUUUCGUCGAUAUACUACGAUAACGAUGACUUCGAUUUAUAUCUCGGAAGACUGGAGAAGAGCGAAGGUGCCGAGGCGCACAGGUUGAGAUGGUACGGUGGCAUGGAUACACAGACAGUAUUCGUGGAGAGGAAGACUCACAGAGAAGACUGGACCGGUGAGAAGAGUGUGAAGGCUCGUUUUGCGCUCAAGGAGAAGAAUGUGAACGACUUUUUGGCCGGCAGGAUGAGCGUCGACCAGGUAUUUGAGAAGAUGAGAAAGGAGGGCAAGAAAUCAGUCGCGGAGAUUGAGGACCUAGAAGCGUUGGCACGGGAGACCCAGUAUACGAUGAUUGCUAAGCGCCUUCAUCCGUUAGUGAGGUCCUUCUACCACCGUACCGCCUUCCAGCUCCCCGGUGAUGCCCGUGUUCGUAUCUCUCUAGAUACAGAAUUAACUCUUAUCCGCGAGGAUAAUCACGGACGGAAACGCGCCGGUGACAACUGGAGGAGAAUGGAUAUCGGCAUCGAUUGGCCAUUCAAAAACCUUCCUGCUGAAGAUAUCGAACGGUUCCCCUAUGCUGUCCUGGAAGUCAAGCUCCAGACGCAAGCGGGGCAGGAACCACCACAAUGGAUCCGUGAUGUCAUUGCAUCCCACUUGGUGGAAGCAGUUCCCAAGUUCUCGAAGUUCCUUCACGGAACCGCGACAUUGUUCCCUAAAGAUAUCAAAAUUCUUCCCUUUUGGCUUCCACAGAUGGAUAUUGACAUCAGGAAACCAGUCACCCACCGUUUUGGUAUCAAGCGUUUGCACCAAGGAUCUACUACCGGUACUUCCGAGGAUGAUUCUGAUACAGAUAUUACUAGCCCAAGCAGUCCAACUAGCCUCCGCCGCCGUUUGCCAAUCCCAGAGCCGAACGGCAGAUCUGGCGUUCCUAGGGCGGCUGGAAAUCUACAAGACGAAGAAGAGCGAGCUGGCGAGGGACCGGAAGAGGAGGAUGAUUUCUUUGCCGAAGAUCAUCCCCUUUACGAUUCCGAUGGCGAAGAUUCUGGACUGGAAAGCGAUGACGACGAACCAUAUCAUUGGUAUUCGCCUCACGAUAACUACCGAGUCCUCAGGCGCAAGGCCCGAAAUGUCGGCAAGAAGCUAGUCAUCAUCGGUCGCUACCUAGUCCCCAAACCCAUUCCAUCCGUUGAACCAGGCUCCAACGUCGGCUUCAAUACACCAGCCGGCGCGGGUCGUAAACGAUUCAUCGCUCCCCCUGGAAAACGAAUCUUCGUCCCCGUCCGUAUCGAGCCAAAGGUAUACUUUGCGAACGAGCGAACCUUCCUGUCGUGGUUGGAAUACAGUAUCUACAUUUCAACUAUCGCGGCUACACUACUCAACUUCGGAGACUACAGGACUCGCUACGCUAGUUUAGGAUUUAUGGUCCUUGCUAUUUUCACCCUGCUUUAUUCUAUGACAAUGUUUGUCUGGAGGCAUCAGAAGAUUAGAAGACGGCGGGCAGUGAGGUACCACGAUGCAUGGGGCCCCACAGCGCUCUGCUUCUUGAUGCUUGUCUGCGUGGCCAUCAAUUUUGGGAUUAAAAGUGUAAGUGGUGGGAAGGGUGUCAUCCCAUUGCCUGGAAAGGGAGGCGCUCCACACCCCACACCAUUAUCGCAGAUGGGGAUCCCAACGGAGAAGAAUGGCAUGAAUGGAUACAGCAGAUGGGGUGGAAUCAACUAA